AUGAAGCGGUUGGAACCUCAGCCAGAAUUAUUUGCAUCGAUUCUUUAUGCUGAACCCGGUGCAUUGGGGUUACUGGCGAAUAUUGUGGCAGCCCUGAUAGUCGCUAUAGAAAAUAUUUACGAUGGACCUUUCACUCAUACAGCUUAUAUUUUAGCAGUUAUUCUGUGCACAUGUGCGGUCACGGUGAACUAUAUUAUGCCGCCUGUCAUGUUUGCCUUAUUAUUGACUUUAAUAUUUGAAGGAGUCGGCUCAUAUUUCUCAUGGGGCAAAAAAGUAGCCGCUGCGUUUGAAAUCUUCAUAGUGCUUACAAGUUCCUAUGCUGUUAUAGUCAUGACAUUAAAAGGUGUGAGUCAACGGUACCUUUUACCUGGAUUUGGUAAUGCUCCAUUCGAUCCUUUGCUCAUCAGGACCAAGCCAGCGGCAAAGAAGAAGCACGAAAAGAAGAAGAAUACUAAAUAUGCCGAACCGAUGGGUAUGGGAUAUAUUGGUAACAUUGUUCCAGCAGCUGUUCUAGUAUUUCAUAAAUUUGGAUUCUUUAUAGAUUUUCGCCCAGCUAUGCCAAUGCUGAUUGUUGGUGUUUUGUGUCACAUAUUAGGUAGUUUUUACGCAUUUUUAAGACACGAUUUGUUCCACUCUGUUCAAUUUGUAGUAUAUUUUGUGUUUUGGACAACCCGGUUCCUACUUCAAUUGUUUAUAACGAUUGGCUACCCUGUUUAUGAUCGUUACCUAUAUUUCGGACAAUGGGGAUUAGUGGGAAUGUUGCUGAUUCUUUCUACAAUGUCCACAUGUCACAGUAAAACCGUUUUCUUCUACAAUCUUCUGUUUACAAUCACAAGUAUAUUAUCGGUUGAGCAAAUACCAACAUCCGUCCAUAACUACACAUUUGGUGUCUCGGCAGCAAUUUUAGCAUUGGCAUCAAUGUACGUCGCCAUGGCUCAUCUUGCCAACUCCAUCGCUGAAAAACCUAUAAUGUUCCUGGGGUUGGAGAUUAUUACUCAAGAAAAUCUUACAUCAUUUUUUAAAAGAAUUUUCGACAGUAACUACACCGACGAUGAUAAAGUCUCUAUAAAGAUAGUGGAUACUAUUGGGAUGGUUUCUAGUGCUUUAGCUCUAUCAUGUCUGGCACCAGUAGAGGCAACCAAUACAGUCUACCCAUUAACUGGAGUCAUCGUUGCUGUUAAAUGUUUUAAUGCCAAUCCAGCUUGGAUGAUUUUGGUAACCUCUGUCCUAACCGCUUGUAUUGCAUUUUAUGCCGCUUUCGCCGAGAUAACCAAUUCUGUACUUCAAGAUUACAUUGUACCUGUUGGUGAACCGAUCCUUAAGGAAGUUCAAGUUGAAGAAGAAAGCCAAGAACCACCUUGUCCGUUGUUCUCCUCUCAAAGAACAUCAAACCUCCUCAAAGUUGCUGAUAUUUUAGAUAAAGGUGGUGUAGUUGGGACACCUACUGAUACUGUUUAUGCUCUCGGUGCCUCUUGUAAACAUCCUGAAUCUAUUAAACGGAUCUACCACAUUAAAGGUCGUCCUCCAGAGAAACCUAUCUGCUUGUGUUUGUCUGAUCUUGAUCAAUUGGUGGAAUCUAACCCUGUCUUCAGUCCUCUAUUGUGGGCCUUUAUGAGAAGAUGCUAUCCGGGUGGAAUCAGUUGCGUUGUACCUAAAGGUCCUUGGAUGCAGAAUCUUGGUUUAGGCGAUGCUGUUCAAUAUGUUGGUACUAAAGAGAGUAUAUGUAUACGAGUACCAGACAGCACUGUAUUGGCUUACCUUGUCAGUCUGUCCGGACCUAUAGCUCUCACUUCUGCUAAUCCUAGUGGCGGUGCUGAUAGUAUUCACCAUGAUAUGGUUAUUAACUCGUUGGGACACAAGCUGGAUGGUAUUAUUUGUGAUGGUAAAUCCAAUGAAUUGGUAGCUUCUACUGUAGUUAACUGUUUAAAAAUUGAUGAAGGGGUAAUAACAUAUUUCCGUAUUGGUUGUACGCCGAAGGAACGAGUUGAUCAGUUAUUUGAAGAAGCUAAAGCUGAAAUCAACAGCACGAACUCGUCAAUCAAUCUUUCGGUCAAUUAUAGUACAUGA